GGUUAACCGAGUAACGAAAGAGGUAGGAAAGUCUGAAGUAUAAGCAUAGAAGAAAACUUAGGAUUUUAGUUUGGUGUCGGGAUCCAACACAGAACAAUACGAUGAUGAGGCUUUUGAUGGUUUUUGGUGUUAUGUUGUUGAUCCACUUUUGUCGUGCUGAGCCAUUCUCUGUGGAUGGGAAGGUGUUAGUGCUCGACGAAUCCAACUUCGAUUCCGCCAUAUCCUCCUUCGAUCACAUCUUGGUUGACUUUUACGCUCCAUGGUGUGGCCACUGCAAGCGUCUCUCUCCCGAGUUAGAUGCAGCCGCGCCUGUACUUGCAGCCUUGAAGGAACCCAUUAUCAUAGCAAAAGUGGAUGCAGACAAGCAUACCAGCCUUGCAAAAAAAUAUGAUGUUGAUGCGUAUCCAACAAUUAUGCUGUUUAAUCAUGGCGUCCCCUCAGAAUACCGCGGACCAAGGAAAGCAGAUUUACUUGUUCGUUAUCUAAAGAAAUUUGCUGCUUCUGAUGUUGCCAUUCUUGAUUCAGAUUCUGCUGUGAAUACGUUUGUUGAAGAAGCUAGCACUUUUUUUCCAAUAUAUAUAGGUUUUGGGUUGAACAAUUCAGUGAUAGAAAAGUUAGCCAUAAAAUAUAAGAAAAAUGCAUGGUUUUCUGUGGCAAAGGAUUUUUCAGAGGAUCUCAUGGUAUUGUAUGACUUUGAUAAGAUUCCUGCACUGGUUUCCCUCAAUCCAGUAUACAAUGAGCGGAACACAUUCUAUGGCCCCUUUGAAGCAGAGGAAUUUUUGGAAGAUUUUGUAAAACAAAACCUGAUUCCUUUAGCUGUGCCUGUAUCCCAUGACACACUUAAGUUGAUGAAAGCUGAUGGUAGGAAAAUAGUUUUGACAAUUGUUGAGGAUGAAGACGAAGAAAGAUCACGGGAACUGAUUAAGUUAUUGAAAGCUGCUGCAUCUGCAAAUCGGGACUUAAUAUUUGGUUAUGUUGGAGUUAAACAGCUGGAAGAAUUUGCUGAAAAUUUUGAUAUUGGGACUAAACUACCAAAAAUGGUCGUUUGGAAUAAAAGUGAUGAUUACCUUACAGUUGAUGGUUUAGAAAGCAUUGAAGGGGAGGAUCAGGCAACACUAAUCACUAAAUUUCUGGAAGGAUACAAGGAAGGAAGAACCAUAAAGAAAUCAUUUAGUGGGCCUUCACUGAUGCGAUUUAUCAAUAGAUCUUUUGACAUUAGAAUGGUGUACAUCGGUGUUUUUGUGGUCGCAGUGUUGAUGCUUAUUCAGACCUUCAGUAAAGGAGGUGAUGAUUACCAUAGAGUACCAAAUCAAGAUCAAGUUGAUCAUGCAACCAGCUCUGUUUCGGAAGUUGAAAGCAAAGAGUAUAAAGCAGGAGACAAGGAAGACUGAAUUAACGCAUAUAAUGAUCAUCAAAAUGUGAGAAAAUAGUUAGCUUUAGAAUUACCAUACCUAUUGGUAUGUGUAAAUAUUUAGAUUUUGUGUAUUUCCAUAAUUUUGAGUACUGUCCAAACUCUUGCCUUCUAAUUGACACGUUUUCUUUAGUUAUUUCUUUACAUUAAAAGGCUUAUUUGUUAUUUCAAAGAUU